GACUGUGUGCAGCUCAACCAGUACAAGCUGAAGGAUGAGAUUGGGAAGGGCUCCUACGGGGUGGUGAAGCUGGCCUACAACGAGGACGAUAACACCUACUAUGCAAUGAAGGUUCUCUCCAAAAAGAAGCUGAUGAGACAGGCGGGUUUCCCCCGCCGCCCGCCGCCCCGCGGGGCCAAAGCUGCCUCCGAGGGCUGCCUGCAGCCCAAAGGACCCAUCGAACAGGUCUACCAGGAGAUCGCCAUCUUAAAGAAGCUGGACCACCCCAACGUGGUGAAGCUGGUGGAGGUCCUGGAUGACCCCAGCGAGGACCACCUGUACAUGGUGUUUGAACUGGUGAAGCAAGGCCCCGUGAUGGAAAUCCCAACCCUGAAACCUCUCAGUGAGGACCAGGCUCGGUUCUACUUCCAGGAUCUGAUCAAGGGCAUUGAAUACUUGCACUACCAAAAGAUAAUCCACCGGGAUAUUAAACCUUCCAACCUCCUUGUGGGGGAAGACGGGCAUGUCAAAAUCGCCGACUUUGGAGUGAGCAAUGAGUUCAAGGGAGCUGAUGCCCUCUUAACCAACACGGUGGGCACCCCUGCCUUCAUGGCCCCGGAGACGCUCUCGGAAACCAGGAAAAUCUUCUCCGGAAAGGCUUUGGAUGUCUGGGCCAUGGGGAUCACGCUGUACUGCUUCGUGUUUGGGCAGUGCCCUUUUAUGGAUGAAAGGAUCCUGAGUUUACACAAUAAAAUCAAGACUCAAAUGUUGGAGUUCCCAGACCAACCAGAAGUUACAGACUUCUUGAAGGAUUUGAUUACACGGAUGCUGGAUAAAAAUCCCGAAUCUAGGAUUUCGGUCCCAGAAAUCAAGGAAAGUACUGUGCAACAGCCUUUCGCAGGAGAUUUCUGGUCCUUCGCCCCUGCAGGAGCCUGGAAGGGGCGAGAAGCUGAGAAAAUGGAGACUAAGUUGCACCCUUGGGUCACCAAGAACGGAGCGGAGCUGCUGCCCACGGAGGAUGAGAACUGCACCCUCGUCGAGGUGACGGAGGAGGAGGUGGAGAAUUCGGUCAAGCACAUCCCCAGCCUGGCCACCGUGAUCUUGGUUAAAACGAUGAUCCGGAAGCGAUCCUUUGGCAACCCGUUCGAGGGGAGCAGGAGGGAGGAGCGGUCGUUGUCUGCCCCUGGGAACCUGCUGCCAAAACAAGGCAGUGAAGAUAAUCUGAAAUGCAAUGACUUGCCCAACGUGGGAGAGGAGGAACUUCUUUCAUGA